AUGGCUGGAAGGAAGGAAGCACGUGAAGGUGGACGCGGAGGCGGACGCGGACGCGGUGAGGCGUCUCGUCAGUCGUGUCGAGGACAAGGGCUGCCGCCGGAGGAGCACAAGGCCCUGGACGACGUUGUCCGGGAGGCUCGGAAGGCUGGCGCGGAGAAGCGCAAGGCGGCCCUGGAAGAGAAGAAGAAGGCGUCGGCGGCCGAUCAAGAUCAAGCGGCCCCGGAAUCCUCCGUUCUGGAUGCGCACCAAGCAAAUCAGGAUGAGGCUCCGGAGGCGGACUCGACCGAGUCUGUGCCGGCCGGCACCGAAUGUGUCCCAGACCUGGUGACGGGACUGGAUCAGGGUGAGUCCGCACAGGAUGAUGAACCCGCCCGGGCGUCUGUGGGAGGCGCCGAUGAGCCGGAUGACGAAGUCGAGAUUCUGGACGAAGCCCCGACGAUCAAGCAUGAAGGCUCGCUGUCGACUGUCCAAGAAGACGGCGUACUGAAUGACGAAGCCGACACCCGGUCUGCGCCCGCGCAAUCCGGUCCGGCCGCGACCGCCCAAGCUCCCGCGCUCAAGAUGGAAGCCCAAUCCAGUCUGGCGCCCUCGGAUUCGCGAGGACCCGACGAGACCAAGGCUCAAGUGAGCGAGGCUCAGGCGAAGGUGUACGUGGCCGAACACGUGCGUCGCUGGGAGCAGCAUCGUGAACGCGCUGCCGUCCCGCUCAAGGUGGAGUACGCCUGGCCCGAGCCGGCACCCGACUUCACUGAAUGGUGGACUGCGGCGCUGGCGACGUCGAAGUACCUGUCGGACCGGAUGGCCAUGGCGAGUCAAGACGCUGCGUGGAUCGCGGAGCUUCGUCCGUGCGUUGCGCUCAUCCAGUCUCUCCUCUUCGCUGCCGGUUUCAGGUUUCACAACCUGAUCCCGAUGUGGUUCCAGUCGCAGGCGUCCAGAGUCGCACCGAGUCUGGUGAGCUCUGUGGUCGAGGACAUCCAGCAUUUCCCCGCGUUCGAGCUGAUCGAGUGGCGCGAGUUGGCAUCCUGUGUGCCCUUCAAGAUCGUACUGGGUGCGCCGGACGUCCAAGACCAGACCGAGCCGAACGUGGGAAACUCUGGAUCGACACUGUCGCAAGCUGCGCGAGCACCGAUCCUGGACUACCAUGCGGAAGACAACGACGGAGAUCUAUUGAUGUCGGAUUACGAAGCUGGACUAUUGGGUCGCGAGUUCGUCCUGCGCCUACGGGUGGCCGGCCUUCGGGGGUCACGAAGCUCGCAAGGGUCUUCCACCGGCGAACCGGAUUCCAAGCGCCCGCAGCACGGACCGCCUCGCCCGCCGUCCACCCAGUCCGUGUCGUCGAUCCCGUCCGCGCCGCCGCUGUCUUCGCUCCCGUCGUACCACGCGUCCAGCGAGUCUGAGCACGCAUCCGGUACUGGAGUGUUGGCGCAACCGGGUCCGCCAUCUCGUUCACCCUCGGAUCUUGAUUCGAGCCUGUUCGGGACGACGGCUGGAUCCAAUGAGUCGACGUUCAGUGCGGCGUCAGCAGCUCGAUCGUCCAGAGGCAGCUCGUCUUCGUCGUCGCUGUGGUCCGGACACGAUGCCGCGAGGCACAUGUCCGCGGUUGGGCAGGAGCGAUCCAGUCUGGUGCAGGCGGAGGGUCGUCGAGAUCACCCGGACAGCACUCCCUCGGUCGAGAACUUCAUCCAGUCGGCAAACGACGUCCAGGCGCGAGAGGCGAAGCCCGUCUUCGAGAUCGAAGCGCGCACCGAGUCGGUCGAGCAGGUCGACUCGAUCCGGUCGAUCAAGCCGCUCAGCGAUGUCCGUGAUACGCAGGAAGCCCUGGCCAGGAUGGAGCUGAACCAGGAGGCAUCCGCUGCCAACGCGGCCCGACUGAAUGAAGGUCUUCACAGCGCGUUCCAGGCGAUCCAAGAGCUCGCCGGACGCACCGCUACCCCUCAAGGCAGUGUGCAGACCGGAUCGAGACCGGACGCCCCAGUCCCGGAGCCUCCCAGCGUGCCCAGCACGUCUCCAAUGUCGACGAUGCAGGCGCAUGUAGUGGCGGCUGCCAUCGAGAGCGCCCGCGCCGAGGCAGGACGCCUGGAGCACGAGCGCGCUGCCGUCGAGUUCGCCGAACGCUGGAGACAACAGAAAGCGCAAGCCGAAGCCGAACGAACCCGAUGGGCCGAAGAUGUGCAACGGGGACUCAACGCUCAACUGGAUUUAUUCCAAGAGAAGGUCCACCAGAUAGAAGCUGAGCGGGAGAGGGAGCGAGAAUCUUCCCGGAACAUUCAGCGGUUUCAGGCCCACCAGUUACACAACCUUCGUGCAACACGCCAGGCAAAUCAAGUGGCUCAAGCAACAUCGGGAUCUGAUUCGGUGUCGCAUGUGAAGACAGAGACCGGGCGUGAGACAUUGCACCCAGUAUCCAGUGUGCCUAUCCAGUCUGGUCAGGCGCCCAUCCAGUCUGCGACGCCGCGUGCCGACGAGCUUCUAGCAGCCCAACUUCAGGCGACUAUCAACAGCGUUCUCAAGGCGAGAGCAACCACGGGAGCCAAGGCGCGCGCUGUUCAAGCUGCGCUGGCGAAGGACAAGCAGGAUGCUCCCGCGAAGGACGCGAAGAAGGUGCCCGUGAAGCAGGAGCCUGCCAAGAAUGCGAAGGACACCAGGUCAGGACCGCGCAAGCGUCCAUCCGGCGGGCGAAGUCGCGGAAGUGGUGACCCCUCCGGAUCCGACCCGGACUCGAGCUCUGAUGACGGCUACGACGAGGGCUACAGCUUAAGCGACUCCGACGACUCGCUCGCGAACGUGCUCACGCACUCCACGUCGGUGACGACGAAGGACGGCAAGACGGUGAUGAACUUCCGGCCGUACGAGAACUCAAACUCACUCGAAGACUUCGACGACAAGGCGUCGUACCAUGAGCGGACACGAUGGUGGGAGCGAUUCCUCACCUUGACCGUUCAGGGUGGUUGGACGGACAGCAUGAAGGUGUACGAGUUACGCCUGAAGCUUCCUACAUCCGCUCGCCACUGGCGUGCACAAUUGCCGAGGCAUGUACGAGACGACUGGACCCAGCUAUACCAUGCGUUCAAGCGCAAGUACUGCCGGUCCAGGAUGUCCAACUCGGAGAGGUACUACACGAUCGAGCAAGGACGGACUGAAUCGGCGCUUGACUUCUUCUACCGACUGAAUGCGGCCGCCUGCAAGGCGAAUGUGGAGUUCAGGAAGUCAUCUAGGACGCGUGAGAUGCACAUCAAGCGUUUUAUCCGGAAGCUGACCGAGUCGAAGCUUCGAUCCAGUCUGAAGAGCCAGCGUCUGCACAGCAUCGACGACCUGGAGUUCAUUCUGCGUCAAUACGAAGACGAUCACCAGGACAGCGGACGUGAGAACUCGGCAUCCAGACCACACGACUUCCGCGCGGGCAACGUGCAUCGAGACCGCGAACGCGAGCGAUUCAGACCGAAGGGUCCUGGUCGCGCUUACGUCGUUCAGAGCGAGGAUGAAUCAGACGAAGAGGAUCGUCAUGUGCGUUUCCAAGACGAGGUGGAUGAACACCGAGUCGAGGUCGCACCAAAGCACGACUCGGUCCCUCCUGCCUAG